AUGCAUCCUGUUCCUCUUGUUUUUUUGUUAUUAAGGCUCAAGGUUCUAUAUGACUUGAGAAAUGUAUGUUAAUAUUAUAAACCUUGUCAUAGUAUUAGUUACUAAUUAAUGCUUUUAGAAAAUUUAAUUCGUUGA